UACACAGGCUAUAUUGAUUUGUCAAAAAGAAGAGUUUCUCCAGAGGAAGCAAUCAAGUGUGAAGAUAAAUUCACCAAGUCCAAAACUGUUUAUAGUAUUCUUCGUCAUGUUGCUGAGGUGUUAGAGUACACCAAGGAUGAGCAGCUGGAAAGCCUGUUCCAGAGGACUGCCUGGGUCUUUGAUGACAAGUACAAAAGACCUGGAUACGGUGCCUAUGAUGCGUUUAAGCAUGCUGUCUCAGAUCCAUCUAUUUUGGAUAGUUUAGAUUUGAAUGAAGAUGAACGGGAAGUACUCAUUAACAAUAUUAAUAGGCGUUUGACCCCACAAGCUGUCAAAAUUCGAGCAGAUAUUGAAGUGGCUUGUUAUGGUUAUGAAGGCAUUGAUGCUGUGAAAGAAGCCCUGAGAGCAGGUUUGAAUUGUUCUACAGAAACUAUGCCCAUCAAAAUUAAUCUAAUAGCUCCUCCUCGGUAUGUGAUGACUACAACAACCCUGGAGAGAACAGAAGGCCUCUCUGUCCUCAAUCAGGCUAUGGCUGUUAUCAAAGAAAAGAUUGAGGAAAAGAGGGGUGUCUUCAAUGUGCAAAUGGAGCCCAAAGUGGUCACAGACACAGAUGAGACUGAACUUGCAAGGCAGCUGGAAAGGCUUGAGAGAGAGAAUGCAGAAGUGGAUGGAGAUGAUGAUGCAGAAGAAAUGGAAGCCAAAGCUGAAGAUUAACUUUGUGGAAAACAAGAGUCCAGUUUAAGGAAUACAAAACAGCCCUUCUUGCUGUAAACCCUAGACUUGAAAGUUUUCCAGUAUUGAAAACUUCAAAGCUGAAUAUUUUUUUAUUUCCAAGUAUUUAAAUGUUCCAACAGACCAAAUGCCCUCCUGAAUGCCAGCUGUUUUCACACAUUAGCUCCAACACAUUGAGCACUUUUUGAGGGAGUGGCUUGAUUUUACUAGAGACAAAUAUUUAAAAGUCAUAAAAUUGGGCUUGUGAUUCCCAUUUCUGAUGUCUCCAGAUUGGCACCCCUUUGUAGUUUAGUGCCUCCAUGAGAUUUCCAGAGGCACCCAAAGCAAAUAGUCUGAACCUUUCUAUAUAAAAUGUAUCAAGCAAACAUUAAAUAAAUUUCUGGGAUAUUUAACUAUAGGCUUCUUCCUUCUUGUCACCAGUUAAAAGCGUUAUGAAUACUAAGACCUCAUUCUCUUAUCUUCAUUUUAGUCUAGAUGUGUGGGCAACUGGCCAAAGGAUUGAUGCAGCAGAUCCUUUCAAAGGGGUUAGAGAAAGUACAGUUAAAGCGGAGUCUUCAGGGGGAAAAAGCCUUAAAAUGCAGUUAAAGACAUAUUGGUUGUGUGCCUUUUACCUAUUUGAGAUUGAUGACAUCUGGUAGGAGGGACAAAUAAUCACACUGUACUGAGCUGCUUGUCUUGAGUUUGUAAUUCAGGCUAGUAAAUUAUGUUUUGGUUUUUGCUGCUUUAAUUUAGUUGUUUUAAGUAUCACCAUCCAACUUUUGAUUUUUUUUCCUUUGGACUAUUCACUAGGUGCCACCUAGAGCUUCAGUUCUCUUUAUAAUAGAAUAAGGAUCUUUUUGAACACAAUUACAAUUUUUCUACAUGUUUUCAUCAUUUUUAUCUUUAGGAGCUAAUAUUUUAAAAGUACACAAAGGUAAAUUCCAUAGAUAACAAACACGUUUUGAAGUCACAGUUAACAGUAGUCAGGGUGUAGAAAGUCGAGUUCCUUUGGUCUGCUUUAAAAUUUAAGCUCUAGGAUAACUGAGGUAUUAAAUAUAUAUUAAUUUUAGUAAUUAUUCAUAGAAGGAUAUCUAACUAUUUAGGAGAUUAAAACUAACUCACCCUAGUCAAUCCAAAGCUAGACUUAACUAUUAAAGGGACUGGAAAAGAGUGUGUUGGCAAGAUAGGUAGUGCCAUUUGUAAAGGUGUAUCUGUUUAAUUUAGUGGCCUCUACUAGCUUUUUAAAUCCAAAAGUCUAACUCCAUAUAGCCAUUUCCACGAGGGAGCUAUAUCUAGGUCCCAUACUGGGAGUUUAGAGGAAAAUCUUGGCUGUACU